AUGUCAAGCGAAACACGAGACUUCCCCGGCCUUCCUCCUUUCCCAAAGGAUGUAUCAACAGCGCCACUCCUCUGCCUGUCCCUACAGAAACUUCUAGCCUCUGAAGAAAGCGAGAUCAAAAGACUCAUCGAAGCUUGCGAAGACCUUGGCUUCUUCUACCUCGACCUUCAAAACUGCGGCCCCGCGUCUGGUAUUUUGGACGACGUUGACAAGCUUUUCGCCAUCUCAAAGGAGUUCUACUCUUUGAGUCUGGAAGAGAAGACAAAGUACGAUUUUAGUGCCCAGAACUCGUAUUUCGGGUACAAGUCGCAAGGUGCUGUUGUUGUUGACAAGAAUGGGACGAGAGACCGGAAUGAAUCGUAUAAUGUCCCCAAGAUUGACAUGCUUGGUAUGAUUGAUGCUUUACCUCGACCUAGGCCAUUCGAUGAGGGUAAAGAUGUUUUCGCAUCUUUUAUGAAGCGAUCUCAUUCUAUCGUAACUCUUCUUCUUAACAUCUUCAACGAUAGUCUCGGGCUUUCACCAGGAACGCUUUCAGCACUUCACCGUAUCGACGCAAUGAGCGGUGAUGCCGUUCGUCUGAUAAAGGCCCCUCCCCAACCUCGUGACGACCGCAAGGCAAUUACCCUCCCCGAGCACACCGACUAUGGUAGCAUCACCUUUGUCUUCAACCAGCUCGGUGGACUCCAGGUUCUUCCCCCUGGAAAAGACGCCGAGUACCUCUAUGUCGAACCACUCCCGGGACACAUGAUUGUCAACAUUGGCGAUGCGCUGGCCAAGUUUACCAACGGGCUUUUCCGUUCAAACAUCCAUCGUAUCGUUGCCCCUCCUGGUGUGCAGGGAGACUUUACUCGCUAUAGUGUGGUUUACUUUUCGCGACCAAACGACGAUGUCAUAUUGAAGCGACUUGAAGGAUCAGAGAGAAUUCCGCCUCUGGAGGAAGGGACUGUUGAGGAGAUUAUCAACAGUAAAGAUUGGAUCUUGCGUCGUGGAUUGGGUAGGAGGGCUACACAGGCCAAGGUGGACUUGGAUAAAUGUGCUGGCACAGAAAAUCUCAGCCGACGUAUUGUAGCUUAG